UUUGUAUAUUUUAAUGAGCAUUUCAAGAUAAAUGCAAUGUUGGCACGUAAAACGUGUCCAGUGAUAUCAGCACGUUUCGGACUACAGUCCUCCUUCAGUUAGAUGAAAAAAAUCAGUGCGGUAGACGUGCUGUUUUUUAUUAUAAACACGUUGUUUCAAAGGGAAAGUUCUGGAGGAUGAUGACAUGAUGAUUUCAGACAGAAUAGAAUGCGAAUUCCAAAGUGGCAGUUUGAAAAUCAAUCAGCGUUAUUUUUGCAUCCUGACUGCAUGUGUCCCAAGCAGUGAUUUAUCCAACAAAUUGCGAUGUCGUAUGGCGUGAUGUUGUGUUAUACAGAGAUGUUCCACGAAGCGAUCAGCUAAACGACGUAUUGUUUCUCCUUUGUUCAGUUUGUUACACUUCGCGCAACCAAUGCAGUAUACUAUUCCUUUACUGGUGCGAGUAAAAGUAUCCUGGAUAGAAAAUGAAGAUUUUACCCCUUUGAUUACUAUGCUGCGGAUGGUUAAGUGACACAGCGCGACCUGUUGCAUGGAAAUGUGCUCUAAAUUCCCAUAAUACACGGUCUAUUUACAUUUCUCUACAACGGAACACUUGCCUGUUUUGUCUGUGGUGUUGGGUAGGAAUUAUUUAGGUGUAACAGCCACGGCACCUGGUCUGGAUAUUUGGAUAUUUCGUUUCCAGAAUGGCAGUGACGUUGCACUCAGAUUUGGGAGAUAUUAAAAUCGAACUUUUCUGUGAACGAACGCCAAAAGCAUGUGAGAAUUUUCUAGCACUCUGUGCCAGUGGAUUCUACAAUGGCUGCAUUUUCCACCGGAACAUCAAAGGAUUUAUGGUACAGACAGGCGAUCCCACAGGUACUGGGAAAGGUGGAACCAGCAUUUGGGGACGGAAAUUUGAAGAUGAAUAUAGUGAACAUCUUAAGCAUAAUGUCAGAGGAGUGGUGUCCAUGGCAAACAACGGCCCAAAUACCAACGCUUCUCAGUUUUUCAUCACGUAUGGCAAACAGCCUCAUCUUGACAUGAAAUACACAAUAUUUGGAAAGGUGAUAGAUGGAUUGGAAACGUUAGAUGAGUUAGAGAAGCUUCCAGUCAAUGAAAAGACAUUCCGUCCGUUGAAUGAAGUUCGCAUUAAGGAUGUCACUAUGCAUGCUAACCCAUUCGCAGCCUAGCGUCUUCCAGUGGGUGCUUUAGAAACCGCUGUGCAAUGCUUUUACUGUCAAGGAAACAUCUAC